AUGAAGCAGAUCUGCUUCUGCGCCGCCUCCCCCUUCGUGAGCCAAGAUUGGAACAAGAAUGACGAGAAGCUCCUGCAGGCGGUGGAAUUCAAUGAUGCCGACCGAGUCUCUUCUCUCCUGCUCCGGAAGAGCUUGGUCCCCACCAAAUUGGACAUGGAAGGGAAAUCGGCAUUCCACCUGUGCGCCAUGAAGGGGAACGUGGACUGCAUGGAGGUGAUGCUGGCCCAUGGGGCCGACGCUCUGACCACCGACGGUUCAGGUCACACUGCGUUGCACCUCUCGGCAAAACACGGCCACCCCCAGUGUGUCAGCAGGCUGUUGCAGUCUUCCUGCCAUGUUGAUGUAGUCGAUAGCCAGGGAAGGACCGCACUCCAUCACGCAGCCAUCCACGGGUCCAUUUCUUGUUUGGAAAUCCUUUGUGACUUCAAGGCUUCCUUGAACAUCAAGGACCAGGAUGGGGCGACCCCUCUGAUGCUGGCAGCCAAGAUGAACCAUUCGGAGCCCUGCCGCUACUUGCUACACCGAGGAGCUGCUGUUAAUGCCAGAGACCAGAAAGGCCGAACAGCCUUGAUGGUCGCUUGUGAGAACGGCAGCGUGGAGACAGUCGAAGCGCUUAUCCAUGGUGGCGCACGGGUCGGCUUGAUCGACGCUAUGGGACGCGAUGCCGCCCAUUACGGAGCCGCCACGGGCAACGCCCUCAUUCAACAUUAUCUCCAAGAGGCUGCCCAGCGCCACUCUUGGGCCAGCGAGGAACAAUCACCUGAUCUGUCCUCCCAGGCUUCCUCCUCCCGACAGUCUCUCUGCAAGGAGAAAAGCAACAGUCCAAGGAAGCGGAAGGCACCCCAGCCGCCCACCAGUAACCCCAACCAGGGGGAUCGGGAAGCCUACGAGGAGAUUGUGCGGUUACGGCAGGAGAGGGCGGAGUUUCUCCAAAAGAUCCGGGGACUGGAGCAUCUCCAAGACAAACAGAAACAGGAACAGCUGGAGAUUCAGAAUGGCUCCUUGCCUAUUCUGGAGAAGCAGGUAGAGGAUCUCCAAAACCAACUGGUGGAGACGGCAAACGAGAAGGAAAAUCUUAAGAAGGAACUGGAGGUGCUGCGAAGCCGGCUUUCAUCAUGUGAGAACGAGAAGGAAAACACCAGCUAUGAUGUGGAAACCCUGCAGGACGAAGAGGGGGACCUGCUGGAGUUCCCAGCAACUGCUGAGCUUCUCUCCAAGAAAACCUUAAAUGCCUCCACGGAAGAACUCUUAGCAACCCUGCAGGGCCAGAUAGAGUCCCUAACCCAGAAGAACAAAAAAUUAAUGGAAAAAAUACAGGUUCUGGAGAAGGACGAGAAUGACCAGAGCGAGGCUGACGCUUCCGGGGACUUCAUCCCUAUCAUUUUGUACGACACGCUCAGAUCCGAGUUCGAGAAGCUGAAAGGACAGCAGCUGGAGGCUCAAGAGCUUCUGAAGUCCCUGGAAAGCAACGGAACAGAUGGCAGCCCUCGUAAACUCGUCUCAGCAGAGGCUUACGAACAGCUGAAGGACGAUUACGAGAAGCAAAUCGCGGCCCUUAAAGAAGCUUUGGGGAAGAUCAGCCUCUCGGAUGAUCCGAUCAGAGAGAACCGAGCGACGGAAAAUAAAGCCGGAUCGGAGCCGGAAGGAAAAAGCAAAUUCAACCCGAUAACCCGAGAAGAGAUGGAGGCGCUGAUGAGCGAGCUGAGCGAGACCCAGGAGAAAUAUCAGGCAGCUUUGGCUGAAGUCAAACUCCUUGAGGAACAGAUCGAGCUGGGCAUCUUGUCCGUGGAGGACAAAGAGAUGGCGGAGAGUUCCAGAACUGAACUCGAGACGGUCAAGGCUGCUCUGCACCAGACUCGGGAGGAGCUGAAGGAGCAAGAUCAGAAGGUGAAGGAUUUGGAAGGGCUGCUCAGGGAUCAAGAAGAAAAAGGGGCCCAAAACUGCUCCGUUGAGGCGUACGAGAAGAUGAAAGCCACCCUUGGUGCCUCCUUGGAUGCAAUGUCCCAGGAGAAAGAAGUCCUUCUAAAGAGAUGCACCUCUGCGGAAGAAGAACUAAGAGAACUGAGGGCCACUUUGGAGGAGGAGAGACACGAGAUGCUUGAAGGAAGGUCUUCGGUCAGCCAGUCCCUUCAGGAGGAGACCAGCAAGCUGCGAGAGCAGCUGAAGGCCAUGGCGAAGCAACACGAAGAAGUGAAGGCUCACGUCGAGGAGCUCCAGGAAGGCCGGGAGAAGCUGGAAGAGGAGCUUCAAGUGACCAAGGAGAGGCUGGCCUCUCAGUACGUCUUGAGAGCGGACCACGAAGACAUGGUGGGGAAGUUGAAGACCGCCCUCUCCGGGGCUGAGAAGAAGCUGCUGGAGAUGAAAGAGAAGUACACCUCUACCCAAACCGAGCUGGCAGAACUUCAGAAGACCACCGAGGCCUACAGGCGAGAGUCGGUGCCCCUGGUCGAGCACGCCCGGGCCAAGGAGGCCUUGGAGGGUACCUUGUGGGAGUUGAAGGCCAAAGCAAAGCUGUUGGAACAGGAGCUGAAAGCGAAAGCCCAGGAGGCCUCCCAACUCCAGGCCCAGCUGGAUGAGAUCCGCCAAGGCGCUGUCUCCAAGGAGGCCCACGAGCAGCUGAGGGCCAGUUCACAGGCCGAAAUCGAGGCCCUGAAGGCGAAGCUGAGCGACCUGGGCUGCAAACACGAACGGACCUGCACGGAAGUCUUUCAGGUGCAGCGGGAGGCCCUCUUCAUGCAAGUUCUGGAGAAGGACGAGAAUGACCAGAGCGAGGCUGACGCUUCCGGGGACUUCAUCCCUAUCAUUUUGUACGACACGCUCAGAUCCGAGUUCGAGAAGCUGAAAGGACAGCAGCUGGAGGCUCAAGAGCUUCUGAAGUCCCUGGAAAGCAACGGAACAGAUGGCAGCCCUCGUAAACUCGUCUCAGCAGAGGCUUACGAACAGCUGAAGGACGAUUAUGAGAAGCAAAUCGCGGCCCUUAAAGAAGCUUUGGGGAAGAUCAGCCUCUCGGAUGAUCCGAUCAGAGAGAACCGAGCGACGGAAAAUAAAGCCGGAUCGGAGCCGGAAGGAAAAAGCAAAUUCAACCCGAUAACCCGAGAAGAGAUGGAGGCGCUGAUGAGCGAGCUGAGCGAGACCCAGGAGAAAUAUCAGGCAGCUUUGGCUGAAGUCAAACUCCUUGAGGAACAGAUCGAGCUGGGCAUCUUGUCCGUGGAGGACAAAGAGACGGCGGAGAGUUCCAGAACUGAACUCGAGACGGUCAAGGCUGUUCUGCACCAGACUCGGGAGGAGCUGAAGGAGCAAGAUCAGAAGGUGAAGGAUUUGGAAGGGCUGCUCAGGGAUCAAGAAGAAAAAGGGGCCCAAAACUGCUCCGUUGAGGCGUACGAGAAGAUGAAAGCCACCCUUGGUGCCUCCUUGGAUGCAAUGUCCCAGGAGAAAGAAGUCCUUCUAAAGAGAUGCACCUCUGCGGAAGAAGAACUAAGAGAACUGAGGGCCACUUUGGAGGAGGAGAGACACGAGAUGCUUGAAGGAAGGUCUUCGGUCAGCCAGUCCCUUCAGGAGGAGACCAGCAAGCUGCGAGAGCAGCUGAAGGCCAUGACGAAGCAACACGAAGAAGUGAAGGCUCACGUCGAGGAGCUCCAGGAAGGCCGGGAGAAGCUGGAAGAGGAGCUUCAAGUGACCAAGGAGAGGCUGGCCUCUCAGUACGUCUUGAGAGCGGACCACGAAGACAUGGUGGGGAAGUUGAAGACCGCCCUCUCCGGGGCUGAGAAGAAGCUGCUGGAGAUGAAAGAGAAGUACACCUCUACCCAAACCGAGCUGGCAGAACUUCAGAAGACCACCGAGGCCUACAGGCGAGAGUCGGUGCCCCUGGUCGAGCACGCCCGGGCCAAGGAGGCCUUGGAGGGUACCUUGUGGGAGUUGAAGGCCAAAGCAAAGCUGUUGGAACAGGAGCUGAAAGUGAAAGCCCAGGAGGCCUCCCAACUCCAGGCCCAGCUGGACGAGAUCCGCCAAGGCGCCGUCUCCAAGGAGGCCCACGAGCAGCUGAGGGCCAGUUCACAGGCCGAAAUCGAGGCCCUGAAGGCGAAGCUGAGCGACCUGGGCUGCAAACACGAACGGACCUGCACGGAAGUCUUCCAGGUGCAGCGGGAGGCCCUCUUCAUGAAGAGCGAGAAGCACGCGGCCGAGGCGCAGCUAGCCGCCGCCGAGAAGCAGCUGCAGAGCCUGAGGGCGGAGUCCGAACGCCUCCAGGAGCUGCACAGCCACAUCGAGGACUCGGCCAAGCUGGUCAAAGAGAAAGACAAGAAGAUCACCGAGCUCUCCAAAGAGGUCUUCAAACUGAAAGAAGCUCUGAAGGAUCUUUCCGAGUUAUCUAGUGGUGCUUCCCCUAGAGGGAUCUUCUUGUCAAAGGCAGAGAGCGAGCUGGACGCAGCUACCUUCCAGAGGAGAAUCAAAGAUCUGGAGCAGCAAUUGAUUGAAUCCGAGCGACGCCAUAACAAUAUCAUCUCUUUAUACAGAGGGCACCUUCUCUAUGCUAUCCAGGGCCACAUGGAUGAAGACGUCCAAAGAAUCCUCUUCCAGAUUUUGAAGAUGCAAAGUCUCCAGGAACAAGGCAGAUGAGACAAGCCGACGGGUCGCAGACUCGAACCCGGGGUGGGGUGGGCAGGCUGGGACAUUUCCUUGGGGAGGAAGGACAUCAAGGUCACACCAACUAUCCAGUCCAACGGUGAGCCAGGAAGGGAGUAGAGCAGCUGGAACCCAAAGGCCUUUGAAUUGCUUCACGGCAGGCAGGAAAUCCUUGGCGCCUUCACUUUGUCAUGUCCAGGGCGGCCAAAGCUCUCCCGGUUGGAUUUCUGCCUGCGAUCACAAUAUUAAAGGCGACAGGGUCAUUGCAAGGGGGUAGAGUAGAAAGAGAGAUGAAAAAUCUAGACUGGGACAAGGGCGUGAUCCCUAGUGGUCAGCUGUUUAUUUCCACGGCAUCUAAUGGCAAAAUAAUAAUAAUAAUAAAAUAAUUGGGUCCCUAUACUUCCUUACUGGGGAAUCUCAGGCCAGUCGGUCUCUCUGAUGACAGACUACCUGCAGGGUUGUUGUUCUGGUAAAGUUCUGGGGGAAAAUAUGUAGCUUUGAGUUCAGUACCAGGGUGUCGGUGUGUGUGUGUGUUAAAUGGUUGAGUUGAGGGUCGAAUCCGCAUAAUCGAAAGCCAGAUUUCUUUUUAACCUGUUUUGUUAACACGUGCGGAAAAGGAGUAGGGCUGCCAUCUUGACUUUUUUGCCCGCCCUGCUUGCGCGGAGAAGCAGUGGGAUGGAAAUGUAGUAAUUUUUUUUUUUAACACAGAGAAAGGACAAAGUUAGUUACAGGUAGUCCUCGACUUAUAACCAUUUAAUGACCAGAGUUACAACAGCAGUGAAAAAAAAUGAUUUAUGACCGUUUUUCACACUUAUGACCGUUGCAGCCUCCCCAUCGCACAAUCAAAAUUCAAACGCUUGGCCACUGACUCGCAUUAAUGUCACGCGUUCCCCUUUUGCGACCUUCGGUGGGGAAUCCAGAUUCGCUUAACGACCACGUGAUUCACCUGUUGAGAACGGUCGUAAAAUGAGGCAAAAGUUCACCUAACAACUGUCUCGCUUAAGAACAGAAAUGUUUGGCUCCAUUGUGGUCGUAAGUUGAGGACUAUCUGUAUGGGAAGUCUGUUGUCCUGUAACUGCGGAAAUUUUACAGCGUGUGAAAAACAACCCUGCAAAGAUGUUACGUUAGGCAAAUGAGUUUAAAUUCUUAACAUUUAAUCACUGUUAAUUGUCUUUUAAAUUUGACGUGAUUGGGAUGAAAUGCCCGAAGCUGGGAAAACUCUGAGUAGCCGGGAAAGAAAAUGCAAUUUUUAGUCUUCCAUAAUUUUAGCAUGCAUUUGAGAAUGAAUCUCAGUGGCUUAACUUCUGGAUAAUGUUGCAAGUAAGAUUUCCAGUGAAAUGAUUCAACUCCUUAGCCUUUCCCCGUGACUUCCAAGGAAUUGUAGUAAUUUGUGCUAAAAAGUAAAAGGAGAAUUUCUUCCUGCACUGAGCAGAGUUGGAUAUUGUCUGGGGUUCCUUUCAUUCUACCUGUAGGUCUGGUUUUCACAAAAAUCAAGACGGCAGCCACAAUACAGAUAGUCCUCGAUUUACGACAGUUCAUUUAGUGACCAAUGUCACACUAAAUGCUCAGUUACAAUUUAAAAAAUGGACACGGCAGUUUUUCACGUUUACAACCAUUGCAGCAUCCCCAUGGUCAAGUGUACAAAAUUUGGGCGCAGGGCAACUGGCUCAUAUUUAUGACGGUCGCAGUGUCCUGUGAUCCCCUUUUGUGACCUUCUGACAAGCAAAGUCAACGGGGGAACCAGCUUCACUUAACAACCGUGUUCCUCACUUAACAAUGGCAGUGAUUCACUUAGCAACUACGGUAAGGAGGGACGUGACGUGGGGCAAAUUAAUCCACUUAACAAACAUCUCGCUUAGCAACGGAAAUGUUGGCCUUCAUUUUGGUCGUAAGUAGGGGACUGCCUGUAUUGUGAUAGGAGCUCUGCUUUGGUUUAAAAUGUGCCUCAAGAUGUGCCGUCUUUUGUGUGUGUGUGGGGGGGGGGCUCACCCCUUGUGGACACCCGAUUCUGUGGCCAACUGACUUGGUUCCUUGAAUCUAAGCAGGCGUCAAAUUAACAUUCUUCCAGAUGCAGUU